UACUCGGCCCAGUUACUCGCGGCGUGACGACGCGACUCGCUGUGUGCUGUGCUCUCUAUCGGUGCUUGUUUCUUUUUGUUUACGUGUGAGAAAAACGUAAAUAAAACAUUUAAAGUGAAGUGAAGUGGUUUUCUUCAGUCAAAAAAGCCAGCGACUAGAAAUAUUUGUUUUGUAGACACAAAAUGAAAACUGAACCGCAAUCGAGUUAACGAAGGUGCUAGACAAACCCGACGAAAAUGAAGCCGCUUAUCAACAAAAACCUCAUUACUUUGAAGUGUGUUCUCUUCUGUUUCCUCUCAGGUAUAGGAUGCAUAUUCCCGUUCCUGCCGCUGCAUAUGCUCUCCCUGGGCCUGGACAGGGGGGAGGCCCGCUUAAUCUCUACCGUCGCGCCGUGCAUCGCUCUACUGGGACCAGCAAUUUUGGGACCUCUUAUUGAUAAGCUAUCGGUGGGUCGCGGCUCCACCGGCGGCGGAUCCGGGCCGAGUGGCUCCGGGAAACUUCUGCGAGUCGUCACAGCCCUAUGCCUGAUACUGAGUGCCUUAUUCUAUACCCUCCUUCUUGCCGUUCCCUAUACAGAGCGACAUGAGGCGCGUCGGCCGCAAGUGUUGUUUAUGUGCGACGCGGACGGCGCGUACGUCAUGCAGGAGGUGUGCACGGAGGGCAUGCGCUGCAACCGUUGGGAGGGCGAGAGGUCAGGGGUGCUGGCAGUGAGCGCGUGCGAGUACGGUUGCGCCGACGACAACAUGACGUGGGUGCAGCGGCCCUUCACCACUACCACCACCACCACCGCGCUACCACCCAUGUACAACAGCGUCGCGAACGCCACGCCCUCGACCGCGGCAGUGACUGACGAGCCCGAAGACGAGGACGAGUUCGUCCGGAACCCUCCCCAUCUCUGCUACAACGGCCAGUGUCUGGUCUACAUGCAGCACUCCUCGCGCAUGCGGCUGCCGCUGUCCCUGCUGGCACCGGAGCUGCCCGACGACAACUCCACCGCCGAGAACAACUGGUGCACAUAUCGGACAGGAGGGCCGUCGAAAUGCUUGGUUCCACCGGAGAAGCUGGUAGAACUUCAGCAGCUGGAGGAAUGCACCAAGCCAGCAGUUCGUUGCCAAGUGCUGGACCCGUACGAUGAGCCAGAUGGCGUCCUCGCCAACGCCGAAUGUCGACUGGUCAUUGGAGAUCCGACCUAUACCUUCUGGAGCUAUUUCGUCAUAAGAAUUUUCGCGGACAUCUGGCCGACAGCGGGUCUGGCGCUGCUGGGCGCGGCUUGUGUGAUCGCCACCCGGGAGACGUCCCUGGGUCGAGGGGACGUGGGGAGGCAGCUGGCCUUCGGCACCCUGGGUCUGGCCAUCUUCCCCCCACUGGCCGGCGUCGCCGCCAACAACAUGCCCGACAACCCCUACCUUGUGCCAUUCCUCAUGCACGCGAUCUUCAUGAUACUCGGAGCGCUCAUACUCAUAUUCGAUACGCACAUGCCGCUGUCGACGCCGGAGUGGUGGUGGCACACGGCGACGGGCGCGCUGGCGCUGCCGCUGUCGGCGGUGCGGCGGUUCGGCGCAGAGACCGCGGCGGUCUUCCUCGUGCUGGCGCUGCUGGGUACCCUGUGGAGCGCCAUCGACAGCUAUCUGCCUUGGACGGUGACUGAGUUGAACGGCACGGCGUUGGAGGUGGGUCUCACGUUGUCGGCGGGAGCACUGCCGGCGGUGCCCGCGCUGUGGUGGGCGGAGGCGCUCGUCGACUUCAUCGGCCACUCCAACCUGUUCAUCACCGCCUUCACCUUCUACUGUCUGCGGUACACGGCCUUAGCGUACUGCGAAUCUUACGGCUGGAUAGUAGUGUGCGAGCUGCUAGAGGUGUUUACGCUGAGCCUCGUGUGGGUGACCGCGGUGCUGUACUUCCGACACCUCGUGCCCAAGAAAUACACCACCACGGGACAGGCCCUGCCUGUCAUCGCGCACUUCUGUAUCGGUCGUUGUAUCGGCGCCAUAAUCAGCGGGCUGGUGUCCAUGGAGCUGCCGGACGAGAGUGCGCGGGCGCUGUGGAAGGCGCUGGCUGGUGUCGCGCUCAUCACCGCCGCGGUCUACCUCACCCUGUACCACACGCUGCUGGCGCCGCGCUGCGCCUCGCCCGGCCAUCCGCCCCCGUCACAUCUGCUCCAAGCUUCCACCAUCGAAGGACAACUCAAUGGAUUGAACGCGAACGGCGGCUCCAACGGGAACUACUCUCCGAUGCGCGUCUACCACGAGGAGCGGUCAAGGAAAGGACAUUUCCGCUACUGACUCCCUCAGACGUGACGAUUUUAAUGAAACUUUUUUAUAAGUUGUACACUUUUGUGAUACCUACAUAAUUUACACCGUGAUCUGCGGGGCUAAAAAAAUGGUCACAUUUUGCAAUUCCUCUCAAAUCAA